AUGGAUGUGGAUCAGACCCCAGAAGGCCUCUCUGCAUAUGUGACUAAUGACGGUCACAUUGUGUAUAACAAACCAAUGCGGGUGACCAGCAUCUGUAGCCUGGACAUCUUCUACUUCCCCUUUGACCAGCAGAACUGCACACUCACCUUUAGCUCUUUCCUCUACACAGUGGAAAACAUGUUGCUGGGCAUGGAAAAGGAGGUGUGGGAGAUAGCAGACACGUCACGUGACAUCGUCCGCACACAAGGGGAAUGGGAGCUCCUGGGCAUCAACAAGGCCACCCCAAAGAUGUCUGUGGGCUCCAGUCUUUUUGACCAGAUCAUGUUCUAUGUAAGCCCAGAGACUCACUGGCACAGGUUUUCUUUUGUGAAAGCUGCUUCUUCAUCCAGCCCCAGAAAGAGCCCCUGUUGGGUUGAGAACAUCAAGGAAGGAAGGGGCUGGAAUCAUCCCUAUUUCCCCUCAGUCCUAGCUUCACCUGGUUCUCUGCUCUCUCCUCCCCCCACACAGGUGGCCAUCAGGCGCAGGCCCAGCCUCUACAUCAUAAACCUUCUGGUACCCAGCAGCUUUCUGAUUUCCAUUGAUGCCCUCAGCUUCUACCUGCCAGCAGAAAGCGAGAAUCGUGCCCCAUUCAAGAUAACACUUUUGCUGGGCUACAACGUCUUCCUGCUCAUGAUGAAUAAACUACUUCCUGCUAGUGGCACCCCGCUCAUCAGUAUGCCCACCUCCUCACUGUUGGAAAGUAGGGGACAGGGAAAGGAGGCAGGAAAAGGGGGGAUUGGUGGUUCUUCUGGGCCUCAAUCACACAUGUUCCUUACCCCUAUCCCAGGUGUCUACUUUGCCCUGUGUCUGUCCCUGAUGGUGGUCAGCCUGCUGGAGACCAUCUUCAUCACCUACCUGCUGCACAUGGCCACCACCCAGCCCCCACCCAUGCCUCCGUGGCUCUACUCUCUGCUCUUCCUUUGCACCAGCCCAGGGAAGUGCUGCCCUGUUGCACUCUGGAAUGAGAAUACAGGUCCAGGCCUCAUGUCCACUCACCUGCCUGGUAAGGAAAUCUCUGUCUUCUCCACAGGACUGAAGGAGCCAGGACAGUUGGUAGGGAAGGAGCUGGGAUCCAGAGAGGCAGAGCUGAAUGGGGGCUCAGGAUUGACAAGCACCCAGCUAGCUGACCUGUGGAUGCAGUUCAGCCACAUGAUGGACACCUUCCUCUUCCGCCUCUAUCUGAUCUUCUUGGCCUCCUCCAUUAUCACGGUCAUCGUUCUAUGGAACACCUAGGAGCUGAAGUCUAAUGGUGCAAGAGCAACCCAGUGUUCAAGUUCUCUCAGCGUCAACUGACCAUCCCAGACCCCAUUCCUCUGCUCCAAUCUGCAUACACGGUCCCAAAUAUGCCAGAAUCCCUGCUCCGGGGCUUAAAUAGAACCUCUGCAGACUCUCUCAGAAAUAGGACUAUAUUUCUAAAACAUAAUGAAUUCAGAAUAUACAUGUUUAUGUUAGAAAUAUAAUUUUCACUGGAAAAGGAAUACUUUAUAAUAACUCAUCGACUGGUAUAGAGGAAAGGGGUUAAAAUUCUUUUUAAA